GUUGGGAAGCAGAUGAUGUUACGUAUCUUGGAGGUGUGACUAGCGAAUUCCUAAAUGCGUAUUGUUUAUGUGUCCAUUUAAAUUAAUUCCUCAUAAAUCGGGUAUAAAUCGCGAGCUGAAGACGUCAAGGGGCUUACGAAGCUCGUCAACAACAAGAUGGUCCAGAUUUGAAUGUCCGUCUGCUGUCCUCUUUAGUUCUGCCUUUUGUCUUAAAUCAGAUUCACAGUAAAUAUUCCAGUUGUAGUGCAAACCAUCAUGACAUCGAGAAAGAAAACCAACAGUGCUACUGACAGACUGAGGCAAGACUACAUCCGGCUCAAAAAAGACCCUGUUCCCUACGUGGUUGCUGAACCAUUGCCUUCAAAUAUCCUAGAAUGGCACUACGUUGUCACUGGUCCAGAGAAUACGCCAUACACAGGCGGAAAAUAUCACGGAAAGCUGGUCUUUCCCCCAGAUUUCCCUUACAAGCCCCCCAGUAUCUACAUGAUCACCCCUAAUGGAAGGUUCAAGACAAAUGUUAGGUUAUGCCUGUCGAUUAGUGAUUACCAUCCUGACACUUGGAAUCCAGCUUGGAGUGUCUCCACCAUUCUCACAGGACUGCUUAGUUUCAUGGCUGAGAAAAGUCCGACGUUAGGUAGCAUUGAGAUGCCCGACUCGGAGAGACGACGACUUGCACAUGAGAGCUUAGAUUUCAACCUGAAGAACAAGAUUUUUUGCUCAUUGUUUUUAGAAACAGUUGAGGAAAUCAAGGAAGAGUUGAAACAACGAGCAGAAGCAGCUUCCAAGUCUACUAGUAAUGGCACUACAGACGACCAGAUCCAGAACAGGUCCAAUAGCAGUCUGAACAAUAGCAACUCCUCCACAGGAAGCAGACCAGAACUGAGGGGUGGCGGACAAAGCCCCCUGCAAGCAUUUAUCACCAACCUAGUUAUAUUCGUUAGUGUUGUGUUGUUCGGCUUAGUUGUGCAAUACGUAGUGACCAGGAGCAGUGGCUAAGCUGGAGAGAAUCAACGGCCUGCAAUUAUUACGUGUUGCUUGUGAUUUUUCAAAGAUUGACAUCAGCGAGUCGUAAUCUUCACCUUCUGAAUUAAAAAUUCCAUAUAUUGUCAAGUGUGAAUUCCCUUGUUUUAAGUUGAGGCCCAAUUUCCCAUGUGAAUGAACUUGUUUAUUUUUCUCAAAUUCAAAGUCCGGCGAGAAUCUUCAAAUUAUUACAAGAGAAUCCUAUUUAUUAUGUUACAUAGUGUUUGGUUAGGUAUGGAUAAUUUUUCUACAAACUCCUUGUUUUUCGUAGGUAUUAAAUGGUUGCCUUGCUACUCCGCCACACGGGAGUCUACAAUGUGAUGAUUACUCUGUAAUAAAGCAAAUAAUAAGAUAACAA